AUGGAGCGGGCCGAGGGCCGGCCCGGGGCCGUGCAGUUGGUGCAUGUGCAGCUGCAGGGCGGCGCGCCCUGGGGCUUCACGCUGCGGGGGGGGCUGGAGCACGGCGAGCCCCUCAUCGUCUCCAAGGUGGAGGACGGCGGGAAGGCCGCGCUGUCCCGGAGGCUGCAGCCGGGUGACGAGCUGGUGAACAUCAGCGGGACCCCCCUGUACGGGUCCCGCCAGGAAGCCCUCAUCCUCAUCAAGGGCUCCUACCGCACCCUCAAGAUGAUCGUCCGCAGGAGGAGCGUGCCCGUCCUCCGGCCCCAUUCCUGGCAUGUGGCCAAGCUCGCCGAAAUCCGCCCCGACGCCCCGGCCAUGCACUGCCCCCCCGACGCCUUCAGCCUCUCCUGGCCCUCGGGCUGUGAUGUCAGCGAGCUGUCCCUGCAGUGGAACCCGCUGUCCCGGCACUGCAGCACGGACCGCAGCAGCUCCAUCGGGAGCAUGGAAAGCCUGGAUCAGCCUGGGCAGGCGUACUACGAAGGCACCCCCUCUCCGGUCGAGCACCACAGCAAGCGGGACUCAGCCUACAGCUCCUUCUCCGCCAGCUCCAACACCUCCGACUGCGCCCUCUCCCUCCGCCCCGAGGAAGCCGCCGGCCCCGAGGGACCCUGCAAGCCCCCCGACGGGCGCUACCUGCAGACGGGCUCCGAGGGGACAGAGCCUCGACACUCCACGCGACACCCCGUGCCCCCCCAGCCCCCCGUGCGCAGGGACAGCCUGCGGGCAUCCCCAGCCGGUGGCGCUGACCGGCGCCGGGCAUCAGUGCCCGCUUCCUCCUUGCACGCCCAGGGGAGGUGGAUCUCUGACACCUUCCUGUGCCAGCGGGACAAGGACGCCGAGGCGACGAGCGGGAGGAUGCCGGCGGCGUGUCCCCCGAAGGAGCACCUCUCUGCCGACCAGUAUUACAUGCUGAGCUCCCACCCCGACCGCUGCGUGGGGGACGGCGGGGACCGGCCGUACCCGGAGAGCGGGAUGCACCGGGCAGCGGACGCGGGGAUGGAGGUGGCGGGCGACACCGCGCUGCUGUCCCCCCUCCAAGGCCACCGGCACAGCGCGCCCGAGCAGCUCCUGGCCUCCCAGCUCCGUGCCCUCCAAGUGAGCACUGGCAGCGGGCGAGCGUCCCCGGCGUCCCCUGCGCCCGACGGGCACCGCUGGACCACAUCCCCGCUGCACGCCGAGCACCGCGGGCAGGGCGGGCUGAGCCCGGCGCCCAGCACGGAGGGGCUGGCGGAGGAGAGCCGGGCUGGGGGCCGGCGCGCCGGGGGCCCCCCGAACCGCUCGGCUCACUUUCGGCGCCGCAGCGAGCGCUUCGCCACCAACCUGCGCAACGAGAUCCAGCGGCGCAAGGCGCAGCUGCAGAAGAGCCGGGGGCCCGGCGCCCAAGCCCGGGGCGAGGAGCCGGUGGAGGAGGCGGAGGAGCCGGCCGAGGGCUCGCCGAGCCCCGCGCCCAGCGAGGACGGCAGGAGCUGCUCGGGGGAGUCGCUGCCGGUCCCCGAACCCGAGCGGGUGGCGCCGAGCCGAGGCCGCUGGCGCUGGUCCCCGGAGCGCAAGCUGCAGCCGCAGCGCUCGCCCAGUCCCCGCGAGCACAAGGGCGGCGAGGAAGCCGUCCUCCUGCCCUUCGCCGACCGGCGCCGUUUCUUCGAGGAAAGCAGCCGCCCUGCGCCCACCCGGCACGGCAAGCCCCAAAAACCGCCCGAGCCCGACGCUUUCCAAGCUGCCGAGCACCGUGAUGCUCGCCGCAUCUCUGGACCCUAUGGCGAGUGCUGCCGGGAGCAGCCGCCCUACUAUAAGGUGCUACCGAGGCACGGCGAGCUGGAAUACCUGCGGGGCUGCACCUAUCCCUACGGCGGCCCCGGGUUGCACGAACCUUGCCACUACUGCGCUGGAGAAAUGUGCCCGGCGCUGCUGCCCCGCGGCCAUGCCUACCGCUGCCACCCCUGGGCGCGCUGCCCCGACUGCUGCUGCCCGGCCACACGGCCCCCGCGGGAGGAGAGCGACACCUGGGCGCCCCGAAAAGCCUUCGUGCCGGAAUUCCCUCCGGAGGAGUGGGAGCCGCCGGCGAUCAGCAGGAAGGCCAGCCAGCCCACGGGCGAGCUCUCCCACUACAAGCCGGGCUUCCCAAGGCUCGGCCCCUUCCGUCCGUGCUUCGAGAGCGCCGAGCCUGAGUGGCCGCCCUGCUACCGAACCGCGUCCACGCACGACCUCUCUUGGGACGCCGAGCGGCCGCCCCGCUCCCCCGAGCUCCCCCCGGAGCCCCUGCAUCGCCCGCUGCGGGGCCGAGCCUUCUCCGAGAGCCACCUCAACCUGGAGCCCGCCAGCCCCCGGGGCCGCAGGGACCUUCUGCGGGCCAAAGCGGAGCCUCCGGGUUUGCCCAAAAAAAAGGGCCCCCCGCCCCCCCGACCGCCACCCCCCAACUGGGAGCAGUACCGGUUGCGCCGGGCGUCGCAGCACCCCAAGGAGGGCUCAGGACCCGGCACGGCCGCAGCGCCGUCCCGCAGCAUCGCCGAAGCCGUGCGGCAGCGGUCGCGCAGCCUCGCCGCCGAGCCCCCCGGCCGCCCCCGCGGGACCCCAGAGCCCGAGGCUGAGGUUUGCAGGAGCAGGGAAGAGCACCCGAUGGCGAAGGACCCCUGGGAGCAGGAGGAGCACCCCCAAAGGCUCGCCCGGAGCCGGGAGCGGGGCUGGUCCAGCGAGUGCCCCCUGCGUGUCCCCAGCCCCGCGGCCACCCAGGGGGGACCCUGUCCCCGCAGCCCCGAGGGGGCCAGCACCCGGGGGGGGCGGCCCCAGCCCCGCCGCAUGAAUUCGGAGGAGCUGCUGUGGGACGUGGUGGGCAGGGACCGCUCCUUGGCCGGCAUCCUGGUGUCCCCCCCGGUCACCACCGCCACCGUCAUGGGCGAGCUGAUGGCGGCGGGGGACCGGCAGGCGUGGAGGGAGCGGGUCCAGCAGGAUUGGCACCUGGAGCCGCAGGACAGGCAGGGCUUCGAGCCCAUCUCGCCGCCCCCCGGGGCCACCGGCAGCCCCCCCUCCUACGCGGCAUAUUACGGCAAAGCCGAGCUGCUCGGCAAGAUGAAGGAGCUGCCGGAGGUGGUGGAGGGGAGCUCGGAGGAGGAGGAGGAGAUGGAUCGCGAGUUGGUGGAGAAGAAGCUGCAGCUGGUGGAGAGCCUGAGCCGCAAGCUGGCGGUGCUGCGGGAGGCGCAGCGGGGGCUGCAGGAGGACAUCAGCGCCAACGGGGCACUGGGCGAGGAGGUGGCCGCCCACCUGCAGGCGCUCUGCACGCCGGGCGAGUUCGACAAGUACCGGCUCUUCGUGGGUGACCUGGACAAGGUGGUCAACCUGCUGCUGUCCCUCUCCGGCCGCCUGGCUCGGGUGGAGAACGCGCUGAGCGGGCUGGGGCCCCACGCCGCCGCCGAGGACGAGCUGGCCCUGCGGGAGAAGCAGCGGCUGCUGGCGGCGCAGCUGGAGGACGCCAAGGAGCUGCGGGAGCACGUGGGGCGGCGGGAGGAGGCGGUGGGCGCCAUGGUGGCGCGCUACCUGCCCCCCGAGCAGCUGCAGGACUACCGGCACUUCGUCAAGAUGAAGUCGGCGCUCACGGCCGAGCAGCGCGAGCUGGAGGAGAAGAUCAAGCUGGGCCAGGAGCAGCUGCGCUGCCUGCGCGAGAGCCUCGGCCAGGCACCCACGGGGCACUAG